UCCAGUCGGCUCCCAGCGCGCUGAGGCCUCCGGCGGCCAGCCGCCAUGGUGGACUACUACGAGGCGCUGGGCGUGCCGCGGCAGGCGUCGGCGGAGGCCAUCCGCAAGGCGUACCGCAGGCUGGCGCUCCGGUGGCACCCAGACAAGAACCCCGAGCACAAGGAGGAGGCGGAGAGGCGGUUCAAGCAGGUGGCGCAGGCCUACCAGGUCCUGUCGGACGCCCGCAGGCGCGAGGUAUACGACCGCUGCGGGGAGCCGUGCGAGGACUGCGGCGGCGCGGCGGGCGGCGCGUUCCAGGACGCAUUCCAGUACGUCUUCUCCUUCCGGGAGCCGGCCGACGUCUUCAGGGAGUUCUUCGGGGGCCAGGACCCUUUCUCGUUGGACUUCUUUGGAGACCCGCUGGAUAACUUCUUCUGGGAUCGGAGGCGCUCCUGGGGGAGCCGGGGCAGAAGGGCCGUCCCCUUCUCGGCCUUCAGCGUCUUCCCGGGCUUUGGGGGUGGCUUCCCUUCCUUCCAUGCAGGAUUCCCGCCUUUCAGCUCGCUGGGAAGUGGAGGCCUCGAUUCCUUCUCCAUGUGCUGUGGGAGCGGUGGCGCGGGCAACUUCAAGUCUGUGUCGACGUCCACCGAGAUAAUGAAUGGCAAAAAAAUCACCACCAAGAGAAUCGUGGAGAAUGGCCAAGAAAGGGUGGAAGUGGAAGAAGACGGCAAAUUAAAGUCCCUGAUAAUUAAUGGCAAAGAGCAGUUGCUUCAUAUUGAUACCAAGUAAAGACUUCAAGUACGAUUUAAGAACUAUCAGGACUUUUUUAUUACAUGUCCAAGGGAACUCAACAUUCAGAGCAGUUGUAUUUCAAGACACACCAGUGCCUCCUGUUGGGACCACAGGAAUAGCAUCUCUCCCAGUCUUUACCAGUCUUUAUGGCAGUUGUGUCUGUAUGCCUUCGGUACUUAUUAAACUUAACCCUGAGACAGACCAUCAUUAUUUCUUAGUGCUACGAAAAAUUGCUCCCAGCAC